AAAAUUAAAAGGGCCACCCACUUCUGAAGUUGCCCUCCAGCCGAGAGAAUUCCCCUUUUCUGAAGUUGCCCUCCGGCCGAGAGAAUUCCUAAAAAAGACCUAUUUUCCUCUGCCACUCUCAAUCCUCGCAGGUACUAAUCUAAUCACGUUGAUAUUAUUUUUUUUGCAACUCCCGUUUGAUUCCCAAGAAAAUCCAUCCCCCAUUCGAUUUCCGGGGAAAUUCAUCCUCGUUUGAUUUCCGAGAAAAUCCAUUCAAAACCCCCAAAGAAAACCAAAAAAUUUGCUUUUCUUUUGCUUCCUGUGUUUUCUGGAUCUGUUUUAAGGGUCUCUUUGCUGUUGUGCCAUUGGAUUUAAAUUUCAUGAACCCUAAAUCCACGAUUUUUGAGCCAGAUUUUGUAUCCUGUGCGCGGGCUGGACUGGUAGGAAAUAUCGGGAAAUUUUCCGAAAAAUCGGUAAAAAUACCGAAAUUUCGGCGAUAUUUUCGGCGAUUUUUUGAAAUUCUCCCCCGGUUGCUCCGCGCGUCAGAUCCACUCGCGAAUUUAUCGGUGCUUCACGGAUAUUUCGCUUCGGUGCCGCCCGAUAUCCGAUAUUUCCCCGAUUUUUCAAUCCUUGCUCAUGACCAACUUCGUCAUUUUCUAUGUCUUGACUGAAGUUUUCCCUCUUAAAUAUGCCUCAAACUCACGUUAUGUGAUCAAUCCAACAUCCUCAAACUCACCUUACCAAAGUUUUGACUUUUGAGAACAAUGUCCGUAGUUGCAGAAAUUCCAGGUUACCUCCAACUCCUUUCUGAUGGCUCCGUUAAACGACUUCAACAGCAAACUUCCCCUGCCUCCAAUGGUUCAUCAUCCAAUGGAUAUAAGUCCAAGGAUGUGAUCAUUAACUCAACAAAGCCUACAUCUGCAAGGAUCUUUCUGCCUGAUAUUCUGGGCUCCUCUAGCCUCCUUCCAGUUAUAGUUUACUUCCAUGGUGGAGGUUUCUGCGUAGGCUCAACCACAUGGCUUGGGUACCAUACUUUCCUUGGAGACCUUGCGGUGGCAUCCCAAUCAAUAGUUCUUUCGGUGGACUACCGCCUUGCACCCGAAAACAGGCUCCCUAUAGCUUAUGAUGAUUGUUAUAGUUCACUUGAGUGGCUAAGUCGCCAAGUGAGCUCUGAACCAUGGCUUGAGAGAGCUGACCUCUCUCGAGUGUUUCUCUCAGGGGACAGUGCUGGAGGAAACAUCGUUCACAAUGUUGCUCUCAGAACAAUUCAGGAACAAUCUUGUGAUCAAGUAAAGAUUAAAGGGUUGUUGAUAAUACAUCCCUUUUUUGGGAGCGAGGAGAGGACCGAGAAGGAGAGGGCCAGCGGAGGAGAAGCUGAGGUUUUGACAUGGCUUGACUUGUUUUGGAAACUAAGCUUGCCAGAAGGGUCAAACUGCGACUAUUCUGGGUGUAACUUUGCGAUGGCAGAAUUGUCCAGGGCUGAAUGGUCUCGGUUUCCACCAGCUGUGGUUUAUGUGGCUGGUUUGGAUUUCUCAAAAGAAAGGCAAGUCACGUAUGCGGCCUUUCUGGAGAAGAAGGGGGUGGAGGUGAAGCUGGUGGAAUCUGAAGGAGAAAUUCAUGCGUAUCAUAUGCUCCAUCCUGAAUCUGAGGCGACUCGUUUGCUUCAAAAGCAAAUGAGUGCUCUCAGAGUCAUCUCCAAUUAUUCAUCAGAUGAAAUUCAUGGUUGUGUGUGCAUGGUUUUGGCAUGGAAAAUGGUGGAAAAUUCAACAUCUACUAAAUGGAACUGAGCCGAUUCAAUUCUUUGGAGAUGUCCAUAUGUAUACCUCCAUGAAUGAUCAUAUUUCAUAUACAUAAUACAUAGCUAUCCUUUCAAUGCACUUUAUUCAUAUCC